ACGAAUUGUCUUACGUCACGCUGCAAAGAUGGCGACUCAGUGAGGGCUCCCAUGCUUGACUGUUGAUAAGUCAUUUUUUUUUUAAACGAUUUGUCGUAAAAACAAAAACGUACCGAAGACAAAAUGUCACGGCUUAUUGUGAAAAACCUACCGAAUGGGAUGAAGGAGGAGCGCUUCCGUAAGAUGUUUGCAGCCUUCGGGACGCUGACAGAUUGUGGACUGAAGUUCACUAAAGACGGCAAGUUUCGGAAAUUCGGCUUCGUUGGAUUCAAGUGUGAAGAAGAUGCCUCAAAAGCGCUGAAACAUUUCAAUAAAAGCUUUGUAGACACGGCCAGAGUUACUGUGGAAUUUUGUACAGAUUUUGGAGACCCCAACAAAGCAAGACCCUGGAGCAAGCACAGCCGCCAGCUGGACAGAACAAAAGAUGAACAGAAGCCAGAAGGAGAAAAGAGAGAUGAGAACAAGGGAAAGAAAGAGAAAAAGCCUCUUGAUGUUCUUGGAGAACUCAAAAAUGAUGAAGGCUUCCAAGAGUUCUUGGCUGUGCACAAAAAUCGCACACAGGUGCCUACUUGGGCUAACGACGCUGUGGAAGCCGGUACAGUGGAAAAGAGCAAAGAGAUAGAAAAAAAGAAAGAAAAGAAAGCUGCCAGCGAUGACUAUUUAAACUUUGACUCGGAUGACUCCGAGGACCUGAGUGAGGAUGAGGAGCAGGGUGCAUCAGAGGAUGAAGAUGAGCAAGAUUCUGCUAAGGUGGCUCUGAAGGAAGGCCUGUCAGAUAUGGACUACCUCCGCUCCAAAGUGGUGAAGAAACCAGACAUGGUGGAUGAGAAAGAGGAUGAUGAUGAUGAAGAGUUGGUGAAGGAGGAUAAUGCAAAAGACGUAGAAGAAGAAGAGGGUCCAAUGCAACAGAUGGACAGCGCAAAUGAGAGUGGCGAUAAAGACAUCCAGAAACCACCGCAAAACAAGUUUGAACCUGCUACAGAAUUCACAGUCAAACUACGAGGUGUGCCGUUCACCGUUAAAGAGCAACAAGUGAGAGAGUUUAUGCUGCCGCUGAAGCCUGUGGCCAUCCGUAUUGCCAAGAACAAAGAAGGCCGUAACUCUGGUAAUGUGUAUGUGGACCUGCAUUCAGAAGCUGAGGUGGAGAGAGCUCUGAAACUCGACAAAGAUUAUAUGGGUGGACGCUAUAUUGAAGUGUUCCGAGCCACGAACUUCACUGACAAGAGGACCACGAGAGCAGCUCCACAGGAGAAAAACUUUGUCUCUGAGCUGAAAGACGAUGAAGAAGAGGAGGACGUGGCAGAAUCUGGACGGCUCUUUGUGAGGAACCUGCCUUAUACGUGUACAGAAGAUGAGUUGAAAGAGCUCUUCACUAAGCACGGUCACCUCUCUGAGCUCAAUUUUCCCAUAGACUCUCUGACUAAGAAACCCAAGGGCUUUGCCUUUGUUACCUACAUGAUCCCAGAAAAUGCUGUGAGUGCUUUAGCCCAGCUGGACGGCCAUAUAUUCCAGGGCCGGAUAUUACACAUCAUACCCUCCAGGAUAAAGAAGGAGAAGCCAGAGCAGGAACCCAAUGCUCCAGGCAGUUCUUCAUAUAAGAGGCAGAAGGAUGCAAAGGAUAAGGCAGCCAGUGGCAGCUCCCAUAAUUGGAACACGCUGUUCCUGGGCACGAGUGCUGUAGCUGAUGCUAUUGCUGAGAAAUACAACACGACUAAAAGCAAAGUCCUUGAUCAUGAGUCACAGGGCAGUCUGGCUGUGAGAAUGGCACUUGGUGAGACGCAGAUCAUUCAGGAAACUAGACAGUUCCUGCUGGACAAUGGUGUGUCUCUGGACUCCUUCAGCCAGGCUUCAGGCCAGAGGAGUAACUCUGUGAUCUUGGUGAAGAACUUGCCAUCUGGAGUACAAGCAAAAGAGCUGGAGACUCUUUUCUCUCCUCAUGGCUCUUUGGGGAGGGUUCUGCUGCCACCUUCUGGCCUCACCGCUAUUGUGGAAUUUCUGGAGCCCACUGAAGCCAAACGUGCCUUCACCAGGCUCGCAUAUACUAAGUUCCAGCAUGUUCCCUUGUAUUUAGAGUGGGCUCCUAUGGCUGUCUUUUUGACACCUCCUGAGCAGCACAAAGCAGCUGAACUUGAAGCAGUGAAUAAAAACGCGGCAGAUCAGCAGACGGACGCAAACGAGAAGGAGGAGGAGGAUGAUGAGGAAGAUGAGGAAGAAGAGGAAAGUCUGCCUGGUUCAACACUCUUCGUUAAGAACCUGAACUACAGCACCACUGAGGAGUCACUACAGGAGACCUUCUCCAAAUGUGGAGAGUUGAAAAUGUGCUCUAUAUCCAAAAAAAGAGAUAAAUCAGGCAAACUGUCAUCUAUGGGCUAUGGUUUCAUACAAUACAAAACUCCUAAAGCAGCCCAGAAAGCUAUCCGUCAGCUCCAGCAUUGUACGGUCGAUGGGCAUCAGCUCGAGCUGAGAAUUUCUGAAAGAGAAUUAAAGUCAGGUGUGACACGCACUAGCAGGAAGAAACAGACGGCUAAAAAACAGACAACAUCUAAGAUCUUGGUGCGAAAUGUCCCCUUCCAGAGUACAGUCAAGGAGCUUAGAGAGCUUUUCUGUACGUUUGGGGAGCUGAAGACCGUCCGGCUGCCAAAGAAAGGAGUUGGUGGAGCUCACCGCGGCUUUGCUUUCGUGGACUUUCUCACGAAGCAGGAUGCCAAGAAAGCGUUCUCAGCGCUGUGUCACAGCACCCAUCUGUACGGUAGGAGGCUGGUGCUGGAGUGGGCCGAUGCAGAGGAGAGUGUAGAAGAACUGCGGAGAAAAACAGCUCAACAUUUCCAUGAUGCUCCUAAGAAGCGGAAGCAAGCACAAGUUUUGGAGGGCGUCCUGGAGCAAAUGGAGGUUGGAGAGGGAGAUGAAUGAACAGCAGCUAAUCUUAUUAUAUGGCAACAAGUACAGGCCUAAUGACGGCCUCCUUCACUUGCAUUGACACCUCUUGGGCCACAUAUCGAGAGUUCCCAUGAACAGCUACCAAAUGCGAAUUCAACGCUUGGAAUCAACUCCAGACAUUUUAUCCCCUUAAUUUGUCAUGAAAUAACGAGGAAACAGGCCAUACAUGACCAUGAAACUGCUUAUCAGUCAAUUGUUCAAUUACUUUUGAGCCUGUGAAAAUGGAAGGACUCUGUAAAAUAUGACUGUUAAUCCUACAGUGCAUCCGGAAAGUAUUCACAGUGCUUCACUUUUUCCACAUUUUGUUAUGUUACAGCCUUAUUCCAAAAUGGAUUCAAUUCAUUAUGUUCCUCAAAAUUCUACAUGAAAGAAGUUUGUUUGAAAUCUUUGCAAAUUUAUUAAAAAUAAAAAACGAAAAAAGCACAUGUACAUAAGUAUUCACAGUAGUCUUUUUGAGUAUGAUGCUACAAGCUUGGCACACCUAUCUUUGGGCAGUUUCUCCCAUUCUUCUUUGCAGGACCUCUCAAGCUCCAUCAGGUUGGAUGGGGAGCGUCAGUGCACAGCCAUUUUCAGAUCUCUCCAGAGAUGUUCAAUUUUUAAAUUUAGUCUCAUUAUGUGUCAUUUUUCAAGCCUCUAGUCAUCAUGCUUAAAACAACAUAUAUGUAUAUGUGAAUACACCUACAUUAGCUGUAUCAGAUGUUUUGGACAUGAAAUACACCAGAUUAUGCAAAUAAUUUAUUAUUUAUUAAUGACUUUAACAUUACAGAUUUUAUUUUUCAUGAUAUGUUUGACAGUACCACUUUCUUUAUUCAUUAAAAACUAACAGUUCUUCGCUGUGGCAUGAAUUUAACUGAUAAUAGAUAACCAUUUUAUGCUUUGGGUUCCCUCUGAAAUCUUCAGUAGUGGAGAUAAUGUAAUGUGGUAAAUUGCACAUUAUUCCACAUAAACUGAUUAUAUGAGUCAUUUGUAAUUAUAGGG